CUCGUUUGGUCCGGCCCGGCGGGCCGAGCCGUUCGCUAUGGCGCACCGCGAGGAGCUGCGGGCCUCCCCGCCGCCGCCGCCGCCGCCCUCGUCCCCGUCGCCGUCGCCGUCCUCAGACGCGGCCGCGGCACCUCCCCUCGGCGACCCGGCGUGGCGGGUUCCGAGCCGGAGCGGCGUGGGCCCGGCGGACCCGUUGGAGGAGGUGGAGCUGCAAAUCGGCGACGCGGCAUUUUCAUUGACCAAGCUUCUUGAAGCCACGUCUGCGGUCUCGGCUCAGGUGGAAGAGCUUGCUCUGAAAUGCACAGAAAAUGCUCGCUGCCUUAAGAAGUGGCGGGGCCUCCUGAAAGAAGGCUAUGAUUCUCUGAAGCCUAGCAGCUGACUGGGCAUGCUCAGUUCAGAUAAUCACUGUGAUCCACAUUGCUCGCACACAAAUGAUGUUUGCACACAUACCACAUUUAUAGGAUGAUCUCUUCCAUUCUGCAGACUCAGAAUGAAAUUUUUCUUGGUUAUCUUGACUUUUGUGAAAACAGAGUACUGAAACUGUUCUUAUUAAUGUUGAUCAGUAUUUAACUUUAAAUACUUUCUGCCCUCUAAACUUUCCAAACUUUUUAUUGAUGCCUUUCAUAAAUGUAAACAAUAUACCAUGAUCUUAAUUCCCUCCCGUUGCCCUUCCCUCCCCCUUCUAUUGAAUCCCUUUUUUCCAACUAGUGUCUAUUUUGAUGUCCUUGGUCCCCCCGCCCCCCGCUUCUAUUAUGUAGUCUUGUGUCAAUGGCAUCUGCCACUGUCUGCCCUCUAAACUUUUGUCAGACCAUUUAUGAACAUUAAUUCCAUUGAUAGGUAAAUGAUUUUAGCAGUGCCUUCAUGAACUCGAUCAUUUGUUUGGCAAGACCAUGUCAGGAAUGACUGCGUUUGGAAGAAGGUUCUUCUUUCCCAUGGGAUUUUGACUUCCACAGGUCUUGUUCUCUGGCGGGUGUUCAGGUCCAUACCCAUGCUUCUGAGCAGAGGCAGAUCACACUCCUGAGUAAAAGACUUGCUAGACAUAACCCAAAGCUGCUUUUUCUUCCAAUGAAUACAAAAGUGUCCCUUAAAAUAUGUAUGAACUUAAACUUCAUUGACUUGGAAAAAAAAAAGUUCUAUUUUUUUGUAUAAGGAUUUGAAUUUUUUACCUUUCUUGAGUCAGGGUUUUCUUUGUAGUUCAUGCUGUUCUUAAAUUUGUAUUCCUCCUGUCUGGGCCUCCUGGUGUGGACCACCGUGCCUACCUACCCUGGGGUUUGAUUUUGGAUGAUCAAUUUUUAAAAAGCGGGUAUUUUUUCCAUUUGACGAUUUUUUUUUUUUUAAA